AGAGAGCUGACGAGUCAACACCUCCCUAGUGACUGAUUAACACCUUCGCUGUAACCCCAAUUAACCUGUCUGUUUGACCUCUCAUACUAAGAUGCUACGGUGGGCGUGUAUGGGCGUGAUGGUAGUGGUGUGUUCAGCCGCCCCAACAAGGGCUUCUGUUCCGUUAAUGGAAGGGGUAUUAGCAGAGCCACAAUUUGACCCUGAUUUAAGUAAUUUAGCAAUGGGUAAUCCGGACACAGUGAGUGUGAUGGAGACUGACAUUCCAGGAGAACCUUUAAGCCCAGAGGAUUUCAGACAAGGAAAAGAAAUGGUGCACAAGGACUGGGACCCAACAAGCAAUGCUGACCCUAUCGAACUGGCCGGGUUAUUCCAAGGAGAUAUCAACAUUUUAGCCAUGGAUGAGAUUCAAAAUAUGCCAAUGAGUAACGCACCUCAAGCCAGGAACGCCAUUUUAGACAUGUCAAGAAGAUGGCCUAAUGGCGUCAUACCCUACGUCAUAUCUUCAUCAUACAAUAAAAAAGAGAGAGGUACUAUUGCCAUGGCUGUUAGCAAGUACCACACCUUAACUUGUAUUCGUUUCGUCCCAAGAACUGUGGAGAGAGAUUACAUACACAUUAUUAAAGGACGCAGGUGUUCAAGCCCAGUAGGCAAACACGUUGGUGCCCAGGCUGUUUCCCUUGGCCCUGGUUGUCUGUACGUGGGUAUUGUGAUGCACGAAUUUAUGCACGCCGCUGGCUUCUGGCACGAACAAUCACGUCCAGAUCGUGAUAAUUACAUAACAAUUAACGAAAUGAACAUUCAGACAGGCAUGCAGUACAACUUUGAAAAAUAUUCAUGGGAUAAAAUACAAAGUUUGAAAGUAGACUAUGAUCUUGGUUCCAUUAUGCACUAUGGCCCGUACGCCUUCGCUAAAGACCGAACGAAACCAACAAUUAUACCGAGGAAAACUGGAGCUGAAAUUGGUCAACGAAGAGCAUUUUCUGAUAAGGACAUAUUAAAGAUACAAAAACUCUAUAACUGCGCCAAUACAACAGGUGUAAGCGUGGUAACUGAGAGGCCAAUUACACGCCCACAGCCAGAGACGUGUGCAGACAAUAACAAGUACUGCGACACCUGGGAGAAGAUUGGCGAGUGCAAGAAGAACCCAACCUGGAUGCAUGUAAACUGUAAAAAAUCUUGUAGACAAUGUGGUGUUGAAUGCUCAGACAAUAGUGAACACUGCAAGUAUUGGGCAAAAAAUGGCGAGUGUGCACAAAAUCCAAGUUACAUGAGUCGUUUUUGUAAGAAAUCUUGUGGAGUUUGUCACGCUUCUGCCGACUUCAUUUCCGACGAAUGCAGAGACCACAACACCCACUGUAAAGAAUGGGGCAAGAAACUACAGUGUCGAGCAAAUCCAAAUUACAUGCUAAUUUGGUGCCGUAAAACAUGUGGACACUGCCAAUAGGACCAUAUGGCACCGUAUGGCACCGUAUGGCACUGGUAUGGCACUGGUAUGGCACUGGUAUGGCACCUCCCCAGCGAUGUAUGGCACAGCAACAUUAUAUUUUAUUGUUUUGAUUAAGCUAGUUUCCCGCGCUUUUUUUUGUGGUCAAGCGAUGUGAUUUUGUUUGUUUUCCCGCGUUUUUUUUUUUGAGGGGGAUGAAGUGAUUUAGACGAUUAGUUAUUUAGGUGAGAAUAACUUAUACGUGAUUGGAUAGACAGAGAGACAGACAAUCGGGUAGACAGAGACAGAGCGACAGACAGACAGACAGACAGACAAUCGGGUAGACAUUCAGAUAGAUAGGAAAAUAGACAGACAGACAGAUGGACAGAUAUUUACAUAGACAAGAUGCAUUCAGUCAGAGAAAGACAGACAGACAGACAGACAGAUAGACAGACAGAUAGACAGACAGACAGACUCCAGUGUGUGAUAUAUAUUAAUGUAUGUUAAUAAAGAAUUGCAAUUGA